AUGAGAGCUAUUAUUUUUGUUUUAAUCUUUGCUAUUGCCUUUGCUGCAACAAGAGAAGGAGCUAUUCUUUGCAAUCUUUGCAAAGAUACAGUUAAGCUCGUUGAAAAUCUUUUAACUGUUGAUGGUGCACAAGCCGUUAGACAAUAUAUCGACAAUCUUUGUGGUAAAGCUAAUGGAUUCCUUUCAACCCUUUGUGAAAAAAUUCUUUCAUUUGGUGUUGAUGAACUUGUCAAGCUUAUUGAAAAUCAUGUCGAUCCAGUCGUUGUUUGCGAAAAGAUUCACGCUUGUUAA